AUGCCUAAGAAGACUGGAAAAUAUAAGACGUGCAGCUGUAUAAUGUGCCAAGAGAUGGAUAACGACAGAAUGGUUCAGUGUGACACCUGCGACCGCUGGUGCCACUAUGAUUGUGCUGGUGUAGGUGAUGAAAUAAACGACAUGAACUGGAAUUGCCAGGUGUGCGCUGAAGCACAGAAAAACUCACUAAGCAAAUCAAUGAACGUGAACGAAGGCACUUUAUCCCCAAUGGCAAAUUAUGGUACACCACCAGAGCAGGUUGAUGGCUCUAACAUGGAAAUGCAAGGCAGCGGUGGACAACUGAACUCUUUUGGAGGUACUCAAUGUAUAAUGUCACCACAAGCGGCAGCCAUGACAAAUGCAGUUUCAACUAGUGGCUUGGUUACUGUACCACAAAUUGUGCAAAACAACGCAUGUAACAUUUCGUCAGGCAGAUUUCCUAUGUAUACGUUAGCUGCAACAACAAAUACGACAGCCAACGAUCAAGUAUUGGCAUGCGCAGCAGUAACGCGGAAUUCAUUGUUAUACAACAACAACGCAUGCUAUAUGAACAGGCAAGCAACAGCAUGCUCGGAAACAUUAACGAACAUUAACGGCCCUUCUAGUUUGAAUUCAGCAACAAUGUUUCAGCAACAUGUACCACACAAUGUUUACGUAAACAAUCAACUUAAUGACAGAAUGCAGCAAGUUCGUGUUGAUAAUGGCCAGCAGAACAAAAUGCAACAUGUUUAUGUUGAUAAUCAAAAUGUGAACGAUUCAUUUGUACAACAUCAGAAGGUAUUGGAGCUUGAAAUGCUGGAAGAGGAGCAAAAGUUAAAAGAGCGUUAUUUGAUGAAAAGAUAUGAAAUUUUACAACAGUUUGGAGAAAAUCCAAACAACUAUCGACAAAAUGAUAAUUCAACUGUAAAUCGACUACGUAAUUUUAAUGACACAACUGUAAGUUUUCCUACAACACAACAGAUAGCAGCAAGGCAAGUACUUCCGAGAGAAUUACCAACGUUCUACGGUGAUCCAGAAGAGUGGCCAAUAUUUAUAAGCAGCUUCGAGAAUAGUACAUCAGUUGGUGGGUACUCUAAUGCGGAAAACUUAAUUCGUUUGCAGCAAUGUUUAAAGGGUAAGGCUCGUGAAAUUGUUCGCAGCAAACUUUUGCUACCCGAUAUGGUUCCAGAGAUAGUGCAGACAUUGAGAAUGUACUUUGGUCGCCCUGAGUUUAUCCUGGAACGUAUGAUCGAAAAAGCGAGACAAAUGCCACACCCAAAGGACAAAUUAGAGGCAAUUAUAGAUUUUGCUAUGUGUGUGAGAAAUAUAUGUUCAACGAUAGAAGCUUGCAAAUUAGAUGAUCAUCUUAACAACCCAAUGUUGGUAAAAGAGUUAUUGGAGAAAUUAUCGAACAACUAUAAAUUACAAUGGGUAAUGUUACCAAAGCCAAAUGGUAUCCCAACUCUGAAGGUGUUUAGUGACUGGUUAUAUUCAAUAGCGGAUGCUGCAUCUCAGUUAACGUCCCCAGUGUACUCAAAGAAGAGUGGAGUUAUUAAUGCGCAUACCGAGGUCGAGGUGAAAGACGAGCCGAAAUGUUUUGCGUGUGAUAAACCAGGUCAUAAAUUAUUGAAUUGUUCGGAAUUUAUUAAGUUGCCUAUUGAUGAAAAGUGGUCAAUUGUUCAUGAUAGGAAUAUUUGCCGGAAAUGUUUGAAAACACAUAAACGGAAAUGCUUUGUGUACAAGAUUUGUGGUGUUGAAGGCUGUAAGGCAAAACAUCAUCCACUGCUGCACGACGAUAAAUCUCAUUCGGAAGCAGUGCCGAACGUGACUGAAAUGGCAUGUAAUGCUGCCAACGUAAACGCACAUUGUGAGAGUGAAAAUGCCACCUUCUUCAGAAUAAUACCCGUACGACUUCAUGUUGGAGACAAAAGCUUGGAUACAUACGCCUUCUUGGACGAAGGAUCUUCAAUUACGCUAAUGGAUGAAGAAACAUUUAAAUCUCUAGGUGCUCAAGGUGUGAAUGAACCGUUAUGCCUCAGAUGGACGAGUGAUACCACACGAAUGGAAGCCGAAUCAUAUAGAACUUCUCUGAGAAUAUCGAGUCGGCAAAAUGAAUCAACAUACACUUUGAGGGAUGUUCGUACCGUGAAGAACCUCUCACUUCCAACCCAAACAAUUGAUGCCGCUGUUAUUAAGGCUAAAUAUCCGUAUCUAUCAACAAUUCCAUUGAAGUCAUACGCCAAUGCAAAGCCGACUAUUUUAAUAGGGAGCGACAACUGGAGUCUGGCUGUACCACAGAAGGUUUGUGAAGGUCCAUGGAACCAGCCAAUAGCAACGAAAACCCGUUUGGGAUGGUCGAUUCAAGGUAGCCACAAUAGGAAUAUGCGGGAGUGUCGGGUGAGUGUGCAUAUAUGUCAUUGUGAGAAUGAACUCCAGGAGAUUCACGAGGCGGUUAAGCAAAUGUAUACUCUUGAGUCGUCAGCGGUGAAGACGAUUCAGUCCGAUGAGGAUGAAAAGGCUACUUCCAUUCUUGAAUCAACAUGUAAGUACAGAGAUGGUCGUUUUGAAAUUGGUUUGCCAUGGCGAAGUGGGAAAGUAAAUUUGCCUGAAAGUUAUAAUACAGCCUACAAACGUUCCAUAUGCCUUGAGAAGAAGAUGAGCAAAGACGUCAACCUAAGAACGAAAAUCGAAAAGGAAAUUAAAAAUUUGGUGGAUAAAGGCUAUGCAAGAAAACUUAAUGCAGAGGAUGUUGCUGUCAUGAAUGUGCCCGUAUGGUAUCUACCUAUAUUUGUAGUCAGUAAUCCGAACAAACCGCAUAGAAUUAGAAUGGUGUGGGACGCUGCAGCUAAGUCGAAUGGAGUUUCCCUGAAUGAUUUCCUACUAAGCGGUCCUGACUUAUUGACUCCAUUGAUUGAUGUCCUUCUAGCAUUCAGAAUUGGUCAAAUAGCGUUAUGCGGCGACAUUGCUGAAAUGUUUCAUCAAAUCCUGGUCAGGCAAGAGGACACCAAUGCGCAAAGAUUUCUUUGGUGGAAUGAAGAUGACGUUGACAGCCCUUCUAUUUAUGUGAUGAAUGCCUUAUCGUUUGGUCUGAACUGUGCGCCAUGUAUAGCCCACUUUGUUCGCAACAAGAAUGCUGAUAGAUUUGAGACGCAGUAUCCUAGAGCUGUCAAGGCCGUGAAGAGUCAUCAUUAUGUGGACGAUCUAAUCGAUAGCGUGGACAGUGAAGAAGAGGCUAAGAUUCUGGCAAAACAGGUUUCCGAAAUACACGAUUCCGCAGGCUUUAGGAUACGAAAUUGGUCAUCAAAUUCUAUAGCCGUUUUGGAAGAGUUAAACGGUCAAGGGAAUGUUUUGCAGGUCCCUAUUGAGCUGGGAACAACUGAGAAGGUUCUAGGUGUCUACUGGGACCCUACUAAAGAUGUCUUUAAAUUUAUGUACAAAUUUCCUAGAUUGCAACGAAAUAUUUUAAGUGAGCAGAUAGUUCCGACGAAGAGAGAAGUCUUGAAAGUGUUGAUGUCUAUUUAUGACCCUAUGGGGUUCGUAUCCUGCUACACAAUUGGUUUGAAAAUACUGCUGCAGACUAUUUGGCGAUCAGGUAUUGCCUGGGACGAUGAACUGCCUCCUGAUCUUAUUGUGAAAUGGCAACAAUGGAAGGAAAACUUACCCCUCAUUACUUCCCUAGAGGUCCCGCGGUGUUAUUCGCAUCAGUUGAAAGCUGCGGAAAACAUUCAACUACAUACUUUUGUCGAUGCUGGAGAGCUCGGAUAUUCCGCAAUAUGUUAUUUGAGAAUCCAAUGCAAUGAAGAUGUUUCCACCAUUAUCGUAAUGGCCAAAUCAAAGGUUGCACCAUUGAAGCCGGUAUCUAUACCAAGGUUGGAGCUACAGGCAGCUGUGCUGGGAAUUAGAUUAGCUCAGAAGAUAACCAAAAUUGAACGCAUACCGAUAAACUCGUGUUACUGGUGGUCUGAUUCUAAGACGGUACUCAGAUGGCUACGUAUGGACCCAAGAAAAAUGCAACAAUUUGUAAUGCACAGAGUCAGUGAGAUCCAAGAUGCAUCAGAGGUACAACAAUGGAAAUGGGUUCCAUCCAAAUUUAAUCCUGCUGACCUUGCAACUAAAGUUACUACUAAGGUUGAUACAUCGUUGUGGUUAAACGGCCCGGAUUUUCUGUUGGGUGAUGAGAAUGGUUGGCCGCAGUGUAACGACCUAGGUCCGCCAGAUAUGACGGAGGUUAGAAGCCAUGAUCUACACCUGCACACGAUGGUACAUACUGUAUCAUUGAAUACUGAAUAUUUCUCUGAUUGGAGACGUUUAUAUCGAGCACUCGCAACAUUCCUACUAUAUUUGGAGAAACUUAAAUCGAAAUGUGGAAAAACAGUGCAUCCAAAUGGAGUUACCUACGGGAUGAUUUGUGAAGCCAAAAGUAUAUUGUACAAAGAGGCACAGUCUGACGUUUAUUCAGACGAAAUAUGCUGUCUAAAAUUGGGUAAGAACAUAGAUAAGAAUUCUCCACUAAUUUCCCUGAACGUAUUUCUAGACGAUGAUGGUCUUUUGAAAGUUCGUGGACGAACUGAGCACCUUAGUUGCCAUAAGGAUGUUGUAGUUUUACCCAGGGAUCAUAAUGUAACCAUGUUACUUGUAAGAUACUUUCAUGAACGUCACCAUCACGUUUCCCACGAAACAGUCAUCAAUAACCUGAAAAGCCUGUAUUACAUUCCAAGACUACGAGUACUAUACCGCAAAGUACGGAAUAAGUGUCAAAUAUGUAAGAAUGGGACGGCCAUGCCAAUUAUUCCCCAAUUGGCAUCACUUCCGCCAGCUAGGCUUGGAAUAUUUGAGAGGCCCUUUACCUUUACUGGUAUAGACUAUUUCGGCCCCAUUACCGUAUCAAUCGGGAGAAGAUCUGAGAAAAGAUGGGGCGUAAUUUAUACUUGUUUGACUACACGAGCUGUGCACAUAGAAGUGGCACAUAGCCUUGACACAGCUUCCUGUAUUAUGUGCUUAAGAAAUUUUAUUGGACGUCGUGGUUACCCUAGGCAAAUUUAUACCGAUAACGGCACCAAUUUUAAGGCAACGGAAAGGAUAAUGCGUGAGGAACUUCAUGAAUUAGAUCACUCAACAUUGGUGAAAACCUUUGAUGAUAUAAAAUGGUUCUUCAACCCACCUGCUGCUCCCCACAUGGGUGGUGCCUGGGAAAGGCUUGUUCGUUCCGUUAAGACAGUUCUACACAACGCACACCCCAGAAUGAAUUUCAAUGAUGAAACUUUGAAGAACGCACUUAUUGAAGUUGAAUUUAUUAUAAAUUCCCGACCACUGACAUUUGUGUCUUUGGAGUCAUGCGAUGACGAGGCUAUUACUCCUAAUCAUCUGUUACUUGGUUCGUCAACCGGCUAUAAACCUAUAUGUACUGAAAACUUUAACUUGAGGCAUAGAUGGUACCGGACACAAGCAUUCGCAGACCAGUUUUGGCGCAGAUGGGUGAAAGAAUACGCUCCUAUUAUAACACGAAGAAGCAAGUGGUUUACUAAGCAAACUCCAAUAAAGGAAGGAGACGUCGUUCUAAUUGUAGAUGAAAACUUACCAAGAAACUGUUGGUUGAAAGGUAUCGUCUUGCAAACAGUUACUGCUAAGGAUGGUCAAGUAAGACGAGCGAUUGUUAAGACAACAAAUGGUAUUCUACAGCGACCAGCAAGUAAGUUAGCAGUUUUGGACGUCUGUUGUCUCGAGAGUAAGCUUGAGGAGAUCCCGUCCACUUACGGAGGGGGGAAUGUUGCCGCCAAACAGUAG